AUGAUCCGGAGGCUGCAGCUAUAUUUCCCUCCUUCAGCUCAGUCGGCAGCACCAUGUACAGACACCGCACACACCAUCCCGAAACUCCCUAAAACCAGAGCUGAAGUCGACAUUGCAGCACCCUGGAGAGAGACCCAUGAUGGUGAGCGGUUUCUGCUUUUUGCCGACGGUGAAGAAGACAAGAUGCUGUUGAAGGUCCACAUCCAACAUCUACUGAACCAACCAUUCAACCCAGAGACAUUCCAGGUGGACUUUGAAGUUGCUGCCAUUAGAGCCCUCCGGACAGAGUUUCAAGGUUCAGACAUCAAGGGGUGUUUCUUCCACUUUACCCAGGCGAUUUGGCGGAAAACACAGGAGCUUGGUCUUGCUGAUGCAUGGAUUGACUCCAUGAACCAGUCUCCCGAUGUACCGAAUGCUGACGAAUUCAACGACUACAUAGUCACAAACUGGGUGGAUUAUGAAGCCAGAUUCCCUCUUUCACUGUGGAACCAUCACCAGACAUUCGGCCCAAGUACCAACAACAACGGUCGCCUCAAUGCAUCACUGAAUCAUCGUCAUCAUAAUCUCUACAGGUUCAUCGAGAUCAUCAAGAAGAUUGAGAAAUCUGAGAAGACCAAGCUAUCUCAGUUAGACCUAGGUGCAGCUCCACCAGCAAGAAAGCGUGUGUACAAGGAGAUUGACAAUCGACUUUCCAGACUGAAGGAUCAGCUAUCCCAGGGUGUCAAGACACCACUCCAGUUCUUGGAUGCUUUUGGCAAACUUCUGAAGAUGGAUUAA